AGGUAGAUUUAGAUGUGGGUCUUUUUGGUACUUCUAGCUUCUUUCAUUAUUUCUUCGUACUGCGAACGGGAUACGGUUUCCAUAGUGGAUAGCGACAAAUAUUCUAUAGCACGUGAUAAGAAAUUCUUGAUAUAUGAUAUCAAUCAUGGCGAAGGAUUCAAUCUGAGAAGGGAUGUAUACAUGCGCAUUGCUAAUGCUGUGAGAUUAUUGAGGGAAUCUGGCGAACCAUAUGUUCUUGUCCUUCCGCCAUGGGGAGGCCUGUAUCAUUGGCAACAACAGGCGGUGAAAUUGAAAUGGUCUGUCUUUUUCGAUGUGCAAAGUAUGAAUGAGUUUGUGCCUGUCAUGGAGUUUGAGGAUUUUCUUGAAGAAAAUGGACAUAUCAUAGACCAAGUUGUCUAUCUACAACCGUAUGAAGAAGGAUGGACCAAGGAAUAUGUCCUUAAAUAUGAUCACAGAGAAUGCAUCGAUGGCUCGCGCUUCUACAAAAAUGAGAACAAUGCAUGGCGAGGAUGGUUCUUUUCAUUCAAUGAAGUAAAAGCUAAGAAUUUUGAAUGUUUAUCAGUGCAAGGAGAUUCUGAGAUUUUGAAAAAAAUCAUCAUGAACGAAUAUUCUGACAAGAGUAGCGUUUUCAUUGAUCGUGCGGAGGCUAUACUUCAUCAAAAUUAUGGCGAUGUCUAUUACUGGCAAGCAAGACGUAGUAUGCGUUAUGCAAAGUAUCUAAUUGAAGCUGGAAAUGAGUUCAGACGACUGAAGUUGAGCUCAACUGAUGAAACUGAUCGAACGCAGUUGCCUCCGUCUUUUCGUGACGAACGGGCGCAGCGCAAAGCUUUGGGAGGCGACUAUGUCUGUGCGCACUGGAGACGUCGCGAUUUCAUUCGUGCGCAUGGGAAGGAGUUACCAAGUGUGAACGGAACAGCGACAAAGCUAAACGAACUAUGUGACAAGAUCGGUGUCUCCCGUGUGUUUCUUGCCACUGACGCUCCUGAUUCCGAAGUUCAACAGCUCAAAGCCCUUAUGCGCUAUCCAGUUCUACAAUACAAAAACGACAAACUUCCAGAUGGUGCCGUAGCCAUCGUCGACCAGUGGAUCUGUGCCCACGCGCGUUACUUCAUCGGCAGUCAUGCGUCUACCUUUUCAUAUCGCAUCCAAGAAGAUCGCGAGAUUCUUGGAUUUCCGCCAAAAAGCACAUUCAAUCGUUUCUGCCCGGAUGAAGUGAAUGAAUGCGAGCAACCCGCGAAGUGGACGAUAGUCUAUGAUUAGGAUCACUAGGGCUUUAAAGAGCAUUUUUGAGUUUUCUAACUGUAUCUCUUAUAAAUUAAAACGUUAGGAUCAAUAGUUUCAUUACCUUAAAUUAUUGAACUUAAAACUUCUGUAUAUUUGUUCACAUUUGCGGUGCUCUGCUUUGCCUUUAUUUAUUUGAUGUGAUCUGAUACCUGAUACUAAGCCUUUCAUCAU